AUGUGUGCGAAUCUCGAUGGUGACGGCAGAAAUCCACUUCACCUGGCGGCCAUAGAGGGCAAUGUCUGUGUGUUGACUGUAUUCCUUGAGGAUGAAACCUACUGGAAUCAAGAGUUUCUCAAAGCUAAAGAUAGUGGUGGCAACUCCAUAUUUCAUCUAGCUGUCAAGCAUAAGAAAUUUGAGGCCAUGGAGUUCUUAGUUAAGAAAGUGGAAGCUGAGCUGAAAGGGAAAAACAUACAAAAGCCAACUAACCUGUUAAACCCGAUAAAUGAAUGCGGGUACACAACUUUGGCCAUUCUAGAGGAAAUCAAAGCAGACGUACCAGAAUUUGACAAUGUCAAGGAAAUGUUUCGAAAAACUGAGGCCUUGAAAGCUAGUGAAGUCAAUCAGGUUGAGUGGUUAUCCAAGAAGCAGGAUGCCCUGAUGGUGGUUGCAUCGCUCAUUGCAACCAUGGCUUUCCAAGCUGGGGUGAGCCCUCCUGGUUGUUUUUGGCAAGAAAAUCCAGUUAACCAUAGAGCUGGGGAAGCCGUGAUGGCUUUUAACUACCCAGAUUCAUAUCCACUAUUCCUUCAUGCCAACACAAUCGGAUUUGUGGCAUCAGUAAGCACAAUCCGAUUUUUGGUAACUGGAUGGCCCUUCAAGAAGAAGUUCUUAAUGUGA